UGCCAUAGGAAGAAACUUCAAAACAGUCUUCAUUCCGGUAUAAACAACAACAAUCAGCGAACCAACGUUUAUCCACCACAAAGCGAUGGCAAAUUUGCGAGAUAUUUCAUCGAAAAAAUCAACCCGUCCUACGAUCAAUGUAGCAAUUCACCCAAACCCAGGCACUCCACCCACAGGAUCCGUUGGUUCACACGACGGUAGUGAUUACAAAUCCAUCUUCUUCAACGAAAUAUCUCAAAUUAUGCGUGGCUACGGUGAUUGUGAGAAGCCGCUCCGUGAGUCGGUCCUACUCGUGGAGAAGAUAGUGCUCCAGCAGCUACGCGGAAUCAUGCAGGAAGCAAUCGAUCAUGCCAUGUCGCGGCCCAACUCACCUACCCUGUCACGGCGAGACUUUGAGUAUAUAAUGCGCAAAAAUCAGAUACGUGUCGCACGCCUGCAGAAAUAUUUUCGCGACAUGGCACUGAUGAAGAAGCGACUGAAGGAUCUGUGCGGUGGACGCUAUCCGCAUCUGAAUCUGGGUGCCUGUUCCGAAACUUCGGAUGAUGAUUCCGACCGGGAGGCACCGGAAAAGUAUGAUGAAGAGAAGGUACGCCGUCUGUUCCGGGCGGAUCGAAUAUCGCAGAUACUAACCGGGCGACAGUACGACGAAUAUAUAGCGGCCCGUCGGAUAUCCUUCAUGCAUCGAAACACGGAAGUAAUGAAAAACAAAAUGAGACUGUGGCUUAACAUUCCGGAGGACGUGAACAUAACGCAAAGCUGUUUGCUUACGUUAACCUAUCUAGCGCAUGAAACCAUCGCGGUACUUGUGGACAUGUGUAUUCUCACACGGUUAAAUAGCUCAAACAGGACCGUCGACCCGUACAGUCGGGUUACUCCUUCCGGUAAAUCAUACAACAUGCUGCACACCUGUCCGGAAGUGUCACAAGGCCGAGGGUUAGAUGGUGUAAAGCCCAUCACACCACAGGAAAUCACUGAAGCUAUGCGAAGACAUCGACAGAUGGCCAUGCGAAGCUCGGGUCGUUACAGAAAUGCACUUAAUUUUAAACCUCCAUAUCUGGCUAUGUAAAUACGUCACACAG